AUGACGAAUCCAUCCACUCUAGGCCCCCCUGCUCAGGGCCCCAUAUUUGUCGCACCUCCAAGAGAUCUCUAUCCUGCCCACCAGGUCCGAGCUUUUGAUGACACUGGUGCGGCCCCCCGCCCUCACAUAGCUCCAGACCCGUUCCACGGGACUCCAAGGACUAUCUCUGCACAGCCAGUGCCAAUGGAAGGUGCCAGGCAGUGCCAGGCUCCAUCGCUCAUGGAUGUUGACCCACGUUCGAGUCCUACUGAGUCAGGAACAGCCUUAGUGCCAGUGCCAAGGCCAGACUUGAGUCUUCCUCCUGGAGCUCCAAGUCCCGGUUGCUCUCCCUCUGCUGCCUUGGCCCAACUACCCAUGCUGGCAGUCAAGGAAGAGCCAAUUCCAAUAGAAUCCCCCAGGACACCCAUAACUAUAGUGGACACUCCACCAAUGGUGCGGCCUCGCCAGCCGCCCCAGAGUUGGUCCUCCCCACGGGUAAGCCCAUCCCGAAUACCAUUACCUCAUCCAAUCCCCAUCCAUCAGCAGCUAACCUGUCCCAGAGUAAUGACAAUGCCGAAUCCUAUUUGGCCGAAGAACUCAGGGAACCAAGCCAUGCAGCGCAUAGGGACGAGUGCCAAGGCCCCAGUUGUUGCAGCAGCUGGAGCAGAUGCCCCUUCGGAAUCUUCAAAGGGCUUGGAUCCUCUAAGGCCCCCCAUGGCAUCGUCAAACCAACCUUGGAGAGGUCGAAGGAAGAAGGGAAAAGGACGUCGAGAUUUUCCAAAACCUUACGAGAGCCAAUAG